GAAAAUGAAGAGAGACAGAUGACAAAAGAAGAUGCUUCUAAUGGACUAAGGAGGUGCUUUCUUAAAGUCAGAAAGAGAUACUCAGAAAGAGGUACAGGUUUUGGAAGGCACAGAGCCCCAACUUUUACGGAAGAAAAGAUUUCAUGAAAAUAGUGAUAUUACAUUAAAAGAAGUACUCGUAUCCUCUGCCACUUUAUUUCGACUUCCAUUGCCCUAGGAAAGAGCCUGUUUGAAGGCGGGCCCAAGGAGUGCCGACAGCAGUCUCCUCCCUCCACCUUCUUCCUCAUUCUCACCAGCUUGCUGAGCCCUUUGCUCCCCUGGCGACUGCCUGGACAGUCAGCAAGGAAUUGUCUCCCAGUGCAUUUUGCCCUCCUGGCUGCCAACUCUGGCUGCUAAAGCGGCUGCCACCUGCUGCAGUCUACACAGCUUCGGGAAGAGGAAAGGGACCUCAGACCUUCCAGAUCGCUUCCUCUCGCAACAAACUAUUUGUCGCAGGAAUAAAGAUGGCUGCUGAACCAGUAGAAGACAAUUGCAUCAACUUUGUGGCAAUGAAAUUUAUUGACAAUACGCUUUACUUUAUAGAAAACCUGGAAUCAGAUUACUUUGGCAAGCUCGAAUCUAAAUUAUCAGUCAUAAGAAAUUUGAAUGACCAAGUUCUCUUCAUUGACCAAGGAAAUCGGCCUCUAUUUGAAGAUAUGACUGAUUCUGACUGUAGAGAUAAUGCACCCCGGACCAUAUUUAUUAUAAGUAUGUAUAAAGAUAGCCAGCCUAGAGGUAUGGCUGUAACUAUCUCUGUGAAGUGUGAGAAAAUUUCAACUCUCUCCUGUGAGAACAAAAUUAUUUCCUUUAAGGAAAUGAAUCCUCCUGAUAACAUCAAGGAUACAAAAAGUGACAUCAUAUUCUUUCAGAGAAGUGUCCCAGGACAUGAUAAUAAGAUGCAAUUUGAAUCUUCAUCAUAUGAAGGAUACUUUCUAGCUUGUGAAAAAGAGAGAGACCUUUUUAAACUCAUUUUGAAAAAAGAGGAUGAAUUGGGGGAUAGAUCUAUAAUGUUCACUGUUCAAAAUGAAGACUAGCUAUUAAAAUUUCAUGCCGGGCGCGGUGGCUCACGCCUGUAAUCCCAGCCCUUUGGGAGGCUGAGGUGGGCGGAUCACCAGAGGUCAGGUGUUCAAGACCAGCCUGACCAACAUGGUGAAACCUCAUCUCUACUAAAAAUACAAAAAAUUAGCUGGGUGUGGUGACCCAUGCCCUCAAUCCCAGCUACUCAAGAGGCUGAGGCAGGAGAAUCACUUGAACUCUGGAGGUGGAGGUUGUGGUGAGCCGAGAUUUCACCAUUGCGCUCCAGCCUGGGCAACAACAGCAAAACUCCAUCCCAAAAAAUAAAAUAAAUAAAUAAACAAAUAAAAAAUUCAUAAUGUGAA